CUGCAUGAGUUCUAACCCAAGAAGGUCCGACGUACAAUGCACGUAUCUUGUUUUCACUAAUCGUUAUCUCCAAUAGGGCAUCCAUUUUAACUAACAAUUCGGGUAGUAUAACUAAGCUACAAGUAACUCGUAACAAUUUUUUUUUUUAAGUAACUAGUCUACAACGGUGAUCCGCAACUGUAACUAGGGUGAAAUUCGCGAAAGUUACAAAUUUCGAUCCACUCGUAAAAAUAUGAAAUAACGUCUGCGGCGCUUCGAACUUUGCCAGACUGAUUGUCAUUUCCCUGAAGUUUUAUCACUAUUUUUUUUCUAAUGCUAUCACUUUGUAUCAAAAAAAGCUCCAAGAAAAGCAAAUUCCCACCGCAUGUAUUUCCUAUGGCCCCAAUACUGGUCGAAAACCAUCAUUUCUUCCUUUGUCUGCUUCACGUUCACACCACCACGUACAGAGUAGUCUUGGGAAAAGUUACUUUGAAAAGCAACUAGUUAUGAUUACAAUUACCCCAGUCUAAAGGUAGUUAAGUUGCAGUAGGUACAGUUACAUCGCGAAAAUAGUAACUAGAUACAGUUACUAAGUUAAGUUACAGUUCGCGGCGCUAACGAGGAAUUAAAAAAAAUAAAUAAAAGAGUUACUCAGUCGCUAUUUUUGCGGACUAAUUGUAACAAACUUUUUCCCAAUAACUUAUAUCCACGACACAUCACACCCGUCCAUUUCCUCACUCGCCACGUGAUGGUUGGAAUUGCUUUUUGUGCCAAUAAACGCGGAUCUAUCGUUCUGUAUCCAUUUCGGACCUUUGGGAAGCGGCGCAGAAUUAAACCGGAUGCUGGUUAUAUCCCCAUCAGAGAGAACAGCAACCAGGUGAACUGGAAGCAUCAGAAUCUGACCGUGUGCAUGAUCCUCCUACCAAUGGUGUUGCUGAUAGCUGUCCCUCUACUUGCCCGCGUUGCGUUUCCCGCUCAUGAACCAAACACAACGGUUCUAGCGACCACUGAAGCCCUCCCAAGUGAUUCUCCAAACGCUUCGUCCAAGAGCCACCGAAGAAGAGCCACCGUCACAAUUUUCAACUUUAAUGAAUCUUCGUACGAGAUGGACGAUGACCCUCACACCACACAUCAGGACACUUCCUUUGGUGACUGGACGAAGCCAAGCAAUUUACGUCCUACGUGGAAAGCACCUAACGUGACUUCUGGGUCAACGAACCUCUUUCAAAAUAAUACUAGAACCGUACGCGAUAUUUCGAAUAUGCCUAAUGGCAAUACGACGUUGUCAACGGUCGUCAUGAGCACAAUGAGUAGCACGAGUGACAACAACCACCUUGUGACGACGACGUAUUGGCAUUUUCGUGAGAAUGACACACUACCGUGGAAGCAGUCGUCGUCAACGUCUACUUCAUCGAUGCAACAGCCCGCGCAGUUACCAUCGGGGUCUACUUCACCGACAGAUAGGCUACCGUCGACACAGACAUCUCCGGCGUGGAAACAGUCGUCAGCUAUGCAACAACCCGCGCAGUUACCGUCGGGGUUUACUUCACCGACAAAUACGCUACCAUCGACGCAGACAUCUCCAGAGUGGAAACAGUCAUCGUCAGCGUCUACUUCAUCACCGAGAGACACGCAACAGCCCGCACAGUUACCGCCAAUGUCUACUUUAGCGACCUUACCAUCGGCACAGUCAACUCCAGCGUAUCUACCAGAUGCAAACAAUCGCUCCGAGAAAGGCCGUGGAAAAACAGCGCAGCCUCUGUUAACUAAAUCGACAGAAGCAUCCACGACUUCUAGUCGGAUUACAUCAAAGACAACACUAAGUGCUACAAAUGCACGGGAAGCACCACGUCCGCGAUUGCGACGCCACACUGUCACAUCAGUCACGAUUUCGAUAACCCCAAUUGAAGAAGACACAGAUAUCGAAGGUACCGAGAAAAACACAAAAAGCAACAAACCGUCCGUGGUCGGAAAUCGGCCUCAUCCCUUACAGCUCUCUACGUCGACAAUGAAAUCAAGCACGUUUGCAUUGAGGUCGUCUGCUGUCAGACCUACAAGCAGACGAACCUUGCAUGAACGGUCGUCUGCAAUGGAAUUCAGGCCUCCAAUUGGACGCGCGUCCGUGAAAGCAGCCACGACUUCCGCUAAAUCGGCUUCAGCGACUGGGAUAGAAUAUCCAGCCGUUGAAACGACGCUCUGUAUACGAGAAGAAUGCAAGACUAAUGACAUUAUAGGAUCUCGCCCUCGUCUGCAGCGACAGACAUUACCAACUACUCCGACCCCUUCUGAGGAAACCGAAACUGGUCCCAGAAUAACACUGAAUAUGAUGUCGUCUGUUGAAGCGGACAGUGCUUCCAGGAUACCGUACACUGUCACGCUAGGUAUGAACGAAACACAACUGGGAAAUAACACACCAACUAAAUCGCCAGGUUACACCGACGCUCGUCUUCCAGGGAGACGUCGUAUAGCGUCGGUCGUGCGGACGAGAGUUAAAGAAACCGAAACGAAAACUGCAACGCCAUUAUUCAGCAGGCGAUUUUCGUCUACUGUCGGCAAACGGGAACGCCUCGGUGAGAGAUCAUUUCGGCCAUCAAGAUUUCCCAACAAACACGUCGUACCUAAGAAAACUUUAACGAAAGUGACAUUGAAGCAGCAUUCGUCAACCUUUCGGCAAAGAACACGUCGUCCUAUACACAGGCGAAGACUUGUAACCUUCGUAAAUCCAACUGAAUACGACGACGAGGAUACCACUGUUAAUACCAGGAUAGUGACUGCGAUAACGAAUGGUACGCAUACGGGACCAGCCAUCAUCUCUAGUGAUUCCACCACUCACAACUACUCGGAAACUACUGGGAAGCAAAGUGGUCAGUCGACCAUUCUUUGGAGUACUGGGAUGAGUGCUGGGUACAGGUCGCUACAUUUGACUUUCACACGUAACGAGAGCAGAUCUACAGAUUCUACAAAAUUCUUCGAUGAACUCGAAGGGUCUACUGAAAGAGAAGAAACUAAUACAAACCUCGGCGUAUCGUCCUUUGACAUGCAGACGACAUCUACAGACGCUUCUCGAGAUGCCGGUGACGUGGAUCUACACGAUGCGUUAGUUUCUAACGGCGACAGCGUCUCUUCCUACGACGAUGGCCAAGUGACGUCACGAGGCCUAAAAGGAGGUCUCAACGACACCUCUGGAUGGAGAGAAAGCACGACGUCGGAAGAGACAACAUUUCCGCGGGUACCAUAUGCUAGCUCACCCCACAAGUCGGACUUUGGAGAAGCGACAGAGCCUGCGACGGUACUCUCCACCUCGGGGGUUGUCAGCACUCUGUCGUAUUACGUAACACUGACGGAUGCCACCGAGUAUACGAGUGAUACGGCGCCACUCACCGGUGAAACGUCUACGAGGGGCAGAACCACGAAGUCUCCUUCCAGAGGCUCGAACCUCGACUAGUUCAGCCCUAACAACCACUUCCAGGGAACCUCAUGUUACUUGGGCUAGCGCUACGACAGCCAGAAUAACCCCACAUACGCAAUAUUAAUAAAUGACGUCAGCACGAUGUCGCUGAUCACAUUAAAUGUUGACGUAAUGUUACGCUACGCUCGACAAUGACUUGUAUGAACACUGCUGCGACAGUAUACAGCACUAUAGUGUGUUAAACA